UUUUAGUAAGAUCUUUUAUUAAUAAUAACUUUUUUAAGAAAAAGAUAUUUUCUCUUCUUCGUGAGCAAGUCGACAUCCCCCUCCCCUCUCUCGAAUUUUCUCAACGCCAGCCAUCGCGCGCGCGCCGGCAAACUCCUACCCUCUCCGCACGUCAGCCGCGAAGCACGCCGGAAACGACGCAACUCACCGACUCCGACGACCCUCCUCCGACGUCCACCCCGCGAACGCUGCCGUUGUCCGACCCAUCUUCACCGCCGCUCCAGCCAGAUGUUGAACGCGGGCUUCGUCACGCCGUUGCAGUCCGCAAAAGUGCGCUGCCUGCUUCCUGCAUUUGAUUUGAGUCGCUCCUUUUUAUCAUAAUACCGUUAGCGACUCUCGUUCUCGCCGGUUGUUGGAUCUUGGAGUUUUGGGGGAACAGGUAUUUCGGUUUCGAUUUUGAUUUCCAACUUAGCUAUGAAUCCUUUAACCCUCGUCAAACGCAUCCAGAAAAUCAAUUCUCAAGAGGCAGCGCUUGGGAUUUCUGAGGAAGCUUCAUGGCAUGCCAAAUACAAAGAUUCCGCCUACGUUUUCGUCGGAGGCAUUCCUUAUGAUCUCACUGAGGGUGAUCUCCUUGCCGUCUUCGCCCAGUACGGAGAGAUUGUAGAUGUCAAUCUUAUCAGAGACAAGGGUACGGGAAAAUCAAAAGGCUAUGCCUUUGUUGCAUAUGAAGACCAGAGAAGUACAAAUCUUGCUGUAGAUAAUUUGAAUGGUGCACAGAUUCUAGGUCGAAUUGUUAGGGUUGAUCAUGCGUCUAAAUAUAAAAAGAAGGAAGAGGAAGAUGAAGAAGAACAACAAAAAAAGAGGGAAGCUCGGGGUGUUUGUCGUGCCUUUCAAAGGGGUGAAUGUACUCGCGGAGCUGGAUGCAAAUUCUCCCAUGAUGAGCAGAGAGCUGCAGACACAGGCUGGGGGGUGGCAGAAGAUGCAAGUUCAAAAUGGGGGCAUGACAAGUUUGACGGUAGAAAAAAUGACAACAAAGAAUUACGUGCAAAAGGAAGGAAAAAUAGUGAUAACUUAGGAAGACAUCCAAGGGAAACUAGUGGGAGUCUGAGGCAGGAAAAUAGACUGAAAGGUUGUGAUGAUAGUAAAGAAUCAGAGCUCAAGUCAAGAGAGGAUCAUGGCGAGAAAGAUGAGAAGAGAUCGAGAAGAUAUGAUCUUGAUGGCAAUCCUGAUCCGAAGUCAGGAGAUGAUCAUUAUAAAAGGGAAGAGAAGAGAUCUAGAAGGAACCACGAUGAUAACAGGAAAGACGAGAAAAGAUCAAGAAAACAUGACGAUGAUGAUGAGAUGAAAUCUGAAGAUGAUCGCUAUAGGAAGGAAGAAAAUAGGUAUAGAAGGAACCAAGACAAUGAACUCCCACAGCAUUCGAGAAGAGACUACAAUACAAGGGAAGAAGACAGAUCAUCAAAAAGGCAUGGCGACGGAGAGUAUCCGCCAAAGCUGAGGGAAGAUGAUAAAAGAAGGGAAAGAGAUAUAUCAGUAAGACAUCGCUCAGAAUCACAUAGGAGGGAAAAUCCAGAUGAGAAGAGAGAUUAUUGGUCCUCUCAGGGUGGUAGAGAUUCUUCAUCACAUUCUCAUAGAGAAAGAAAUGAGGACUGUCAUAGAUAAAAUGAACGACUACACAACAUAUCAUCAUGGUUAGUCCUCUCGUGCUAAGUUCCAACAUUAUAGUAGAACAUAAUUUGGUUUUGUGAUGGCCUGUUUUGUUUCCUUGUAUUGUAUUGGCAACCUUUUUUUGGCCACUCACUAUUUGUACUAUCAAAAUAGGUAGUAACUCUUUGAUGCGGAAAUCUCUGAGUAGAAAAGGUAAAGUACAUGCUUAGGAGAAUAAAAUAUAGGAAUUAAUUUUCUACAAGUUUCCUUGACGCUCAAAUGUUGUAGGUCAGGUGGGUUGUCCCAAUAGAUUAGCUGAGAUGCGUGUAAGCUAGCAUUUUAUGAAUAUUAGAAAAAAGAAGAAAAAAAGGUUUAUGCUUGUGAGUGAUGGUGGAGGAUUGUAUAUUGAUCAUUUGAAUAUUCUUAAUUUCUUCUUAUCCAAUUGGUAUAACCAUUCAAGUUGCAAUUAAA